UCAUAAUCAUAUCUCCCCGGAAUCCUUUUUCAUGUGCUUCGGAUGCAUAUAAGCUCCACCCCACCCACACGCCCCUGGAAAGCAAAGCAAAGGAGGAAGGAGCUCAUGCCAAGCGCACACACCGCCUGCCUUUCCUCUACCACUCUUGCUUUCUCCUCUAGCAUCCACCUCCUCCAUCACACAAAACACACGCUCUCUAUCUUCUCCGAUGGCGGUGGCGGCGAUCGCAGAGGCUCCGUUCCAUGUCUUGGCCGUGGAUGACAGCGUCCUUGACAGGAAGCUCAUCGAGAGGCUCCUCAAGACAUCUUCGUUCCAAGUUACCACUGUGGAUUCUGGGACCAAGGCUCUCCAGUUCUUGGGGCUCCAUGCCGAGGACGCCUCCAUUUCCUCUGUCCAUGCGGACCAGCUGGACGUCGAGGUGAACGUGAACCUCAUCAUCACUGACUACUGCAUGCCUGGGAUGACAGGAUACGAUCUGCUCAAGAAGAUCAAGGAGUCGUCGUCUUUCAGGGACAUCCCGGUUGUGAUCAUGUCAUCGGAGAACAUACCUUCCAGAAUUAACAGAUGCCUGGAGGAAGGAGCAAAUGAGUUCUUCCUGAAACCAGUACGGCUAUCAGACAUGAGCAAGCUCAAGCCCCAUAUAAUGAAAAGCAGAUGCAAGGAGCACUCCCACGAGGACCAAGACCUGCUAAGCAACAGCGAUACCAACCCCACAAACAACAGCAGCAGCAGAGAUACCAUCACCAUUAGCAGCAGUAACCCCACGGAUCACAGCACAAGCGAUACCAUCAACAGCAGUAAUCCCAUGGAUCACAGCAGCAGCGAUACCAUCAGCAGCAGUAACCCCACGGAUAACAGCAGCGGUGAUAGCAGCAACAUCCGCAAGAGAAAGGCGGCAGAUGGCGAAAUUUUACCCAAGACAAGCAGACCAAACCACAGUUAGCUGAAGAAAGAUUAUUUGACAGCCAAUCUUUCCUUUCUUGGUUCUUCAUCUUACUCGGGUUUUUGACAACUGAUUUGUAUGUAAAACCUAUGCUAGCUCUAGUUUGCAAAAAAGAACGGAAUCCGUGAACGGAUACUGCUUGAAUCCAA